UUAUUUUGUGCAUAUAAUAUAUUAUCUACGAGCAUCAAUCAAACUUCUACAUUUAUUUGUGUGCUUAGUUUAAGGUCCUAUUUGGCAAAAGUAGCGGUAGCAUGUAGCUUUUAGCGGUCAAGUAGCGGGUAACUGUUAAGGUAGCGAGUAGCGAUAAAUUAGUAGUGGGUAGAAGUUAGUUGUCAAAGUAACGAUUGGCAAUAUGAGUGUUUGAAAAAAUUAGCGUUGCAAUACCAAAAUAUAUCGAAAUUCAUAUAAACAUUGUUUUAAAAUUAAUAAAAAUUUGUCAAACGCUACCCGCGACCUCAAAACAUUACUAUUUUUAAAGUUUGAGAAAAGCUACUUAAACGCUGCCACCAAACGGGGGCCUAACCGUGUCAAUUAUGUCGAAAGUAGAUCCCAUGGCCCAUUAUUUAAAACGCAGGAAGCAAAAUUGUAAUCUCCCACGCAAUUCAGUUCUACUUCAAACCCCCACCGCGAAAUUCAUCGGCGACACCGCCUCAAACGCCCUUUCCUCAUCUUCUCCACCACAUAAAUCUUCUUCAUUACUUGCAAUUUUCAAUCAAAUAACGCUAAUUCACUAGCCUCUUCUUCACUAUCUCAAUCCUCUUUUGCACUUUCCGUUGUGAAGUAAUGGAAAUGGACAAAGAGCAAUUCUUGAGUGAAUUUGGCAAGGAUUACGGGUACCCAGAUGGUCCCAAAACUAUUGACGAAAUUCGGGCUACUGAAUUCAAGAGAUUAGGUGAUACUGAUACUGUGUAUUUGGAUCAUGCUGGGGCUACAUUGUAUUCUGAGCUUCAAAUGGAAGCAAUUUUCAAGGACCUUACUUCAAAUGUUUACGGAAAUCCUCACAGCCAAAGUGACUCCAGCUUGGCUACUUCUGAAAUCAUAAAAGAAUGUCGUCAGCAGGUCUUAGAUUAUUGUAAUGCAUCUGCAAAAGAAUACAAGUGCAUUUUCACUUCUGGAGCGACAGCUGCUUUAAAGAUGGUUGGAGAGGCCUUUCCUUGGAGCAAUCAAAGCCACUUCAUGUACACAAUGGAGAAUCAUAAUAGCGUCAUUGGGAUAAGAGAAUACGCUCUGAGGCAAGGAGCUAUAGCUGUUGCAGUAGAUGUGGAGGAAUUUGUGGAUCAGGACACAUCUUCCACUGACCAGAAAUCUUUAUUUAAAGUGGCACAACAUGACAUACAGAGGAGGAAUGCCAAUAGAUGCAUUAAAGAAGACUCUCCAGGCACUGCACAUCAUUUGUUUGCAUUUCCAUCAGAAUGCAAUUUCUCUGGCAUGAGGUUCAACCUUGACUUAAUUAGAGCUUUGAAGGAGCAGUCAGAGAACACUUUAAAAGAUACAACGCUAAUCAAGGGUCGCUGGCUUGUCUUGAUAGAUGCUGCCAAAGGAUGUGCAACAGAACCACCUGAUUUAUCGAUAUAUCCAGCUGAUUUUGUUGUUCUAUCAUUUUAUAAGAUAUUUGGCUAUCCGACUGGGCUUGGUGCUCUCAUUGUCCAAAAUGAAGCUGCAAAGUUGCUGAAGAAGACUUACUUUAGUGGGGGAACUGUAGCGGCAUCAAUUGCUGAUGUGGACUUUGUCAAGCACAGAGAUGGAAUUGAGGAAUCCUUUGAGGACGGAACUGCAUCUUUUAUAAGCAUUGCUUCCAUUCGUCAUGGCUUCAGAAUGUUAAACACCCAUACUAUUUCUUCAAUCUCUCGGCACACUUCUUCUCUUGCAACGUAUUUGAGGAGAGUACUCUUGAGCUUGAAGCAUGAUAGUGGAGCAGAUGCGUGCAUAAUUUAUGGAGAUAACAGCAUGAUAUCUGAGAAGAAGGGAUCGAUAGUUUCAUUCAACUUAAAACGGCCAGAUGGCUCUUGGUAUGGAUAUCGAGAGGUGGAGAAAUUGGCUUCUCUAUCUGGAAUUCAUCUGCGGACAGGAUGUUUUUGUAAUCCUGGUGCCUGUGCGAAGUACCUUGGCCUUUCUCACACAGAGCUUCUGUCAAAUGUUGAGGCCGGUCAUAUCUGCUGGGAUGAUUUUGACAUUGUAAAUGGAAAGCCAACAGGAGCUGUUAGAGUGUCUUUUGGCUACAUGUCAACUUUUGAGGAAGCUAAGAAAGUAGUCGAUUUUCUAGUAAGUUCCUUUGUGGUGUUGCCUACUCCAGUGAGAUAUAAUUGCCUUCUACAGGAGUCCGACAUUUUCUUGAUUGAAGAUUCAGAGAAACUGGAGAAAUCCAGGGGUUUGUAUCUGAAGUCCAUCACUGUUUAUCCAAUAAAAUCUUGUGCAGGAUUUUGUGUAGAUAGUUGGCCUCUAAGCAAAACAGGUUUGCUACAUGACCGAGAAUGGCUUCUGAGAAGUCCAAGUGGGGAAAUUCUUACUCAGAAAAAGGCCCCAGAAAUGAGUCUUAUAAGUACAUUUAUAGACUUGAGUCAAGGUAUCCUAUUUGUUGAAUCACCACGAUGCAAAACAAAACUCCAGAUUCUCCUGAAAUCAGUGUCAUACUGCUUAGGAAGAGAAGAGAUGGAUAUGCACGGCCACAUAUAUGAAGUGCAGAGUUAUGAUCAAGAAGUCAACAGCUGGUUUAGUAAUGCUAUUGCGCGCCCAUGCAUUCUUUGGAGAUCCUCAGCUUCAAAUUGUUAUAUAAACAAACAGGGAAGUGCAGGCAUGUGCAGGGAUGUGGAGAGUUCAUUAAAUUUUGUCAACGAAGCCCAAUUCUUGCUCAUAUCUGAAGCAAGUGUUAUGGAUCUCAAUGAUAGAUUAAAAUCAAAAGCAUCUCAAACUCUCCAAGCACCAAUUGCUCAGGUUUCCACAAUGAGAUUUCGCCCCAACCUUCUCAUAUCCGGGGGAGAGCCAUAUGAUGAAGAUCUAUGGAGAGGAAUUCGAAUUGGGAGCAAGUAUUUUUCAUCUUUGGGAGGAUGCAACCGAUGCCAGAUGAUCAACUUUGAUCACCAAUCAGAACAAGUGCACAAAACAAGCGAACCUUUGGCGACUUUAGCAUCAUAUAGGCGGGUGAAGGGAAGAAUAUUGUUUGGAAUACUGCUUCGAGUUGAGAAGUGCAGUCUGGAAAACGAGGAAUUAAAUUCAUGGUUAGCGGUGGGUGAAGAAGUUUAUCCAGAUAUGAGGUAGAGAAUUUCCAUACAUCACCACAGAAAUGGUCGGUUGCAAAGACUCGGGGUGCAGCAGUUCUGAUGCCCUGGUGUUGCAGCAGUACAAACUCAAUGGUCUGGGAUUGGACUCUCUGUGUUCCCUUUAAAAACUAAAAACAAACUAUUUUUUUGACUCUCCAAAACCACCCAUACUCAUAGUUAUUAAUGCUUCAGUCAAACACCAUCUUCUCAUUUUUCGUGGAUGAUGGUUCCUUGUGACAAUUCAUGUUAACCAAUCCCAUAUCAUUUUGGGACUAAGACUUUGUUGUUGUAGUGGUAGUCAAACACCAUCUUCUAGACUUGUUGAAGAGUGAUAGAUCUUACAAUGGAAAAAUGUAUAGCACCGAGUUGUGCUCAGUGUGUAUAAAUAUCUGUAUGUACAAACCCACAGAAUUAUCCAUGAAAAACAUAUAUAGCGUUUCUUUGAUUCUCCAUUUCAAUUCUAGGCAAUUUACUUCCAGAGAGUCUUUCUUUCAAACUACUUGUACUGAUGUAUACACAUUACAAAAGAAGCACUUCUAUAAUACAUAGAUUGGAUUUUUUUUUUCGCCUA